AUGACUGAAGGACUCUAAUUUGUUAAAUUUGCUCUCUUAUAAUAAGAAAAUGAUCCCCUUGAAUAUUGUGUUUGUACUCUUCCUAUUCCAUCAAAUAUUGGUAUUCCUUUAUUUCCUUGUGAACUUCCUAAUAAUUUUAGACUCUUUCAAUCUAAUGAAACAUUUUCAUAAAUUGGAAUGGUAUUUGUAAUUAUCAUUUCAUUCAGAAAAUCAUGGAUAUUGAAGAAGAAGAAAACCAUAAAUUUAUGAGAACUAUAUGUUGUCCUAGUUUUAGACCUUUAAGUAUUACUUCUAGAGAUUUUUAUAAUAAUAUUCCUAUUUAAGCAGAAAGAAAAUUUGCAAUUCCAUUUAUUUAAAAAAAUGAAAUGAAAGUUAAAUAUGAAGGAGAAUAUGCAGGAAAAAUUGUUUAAGAAUAAUGUUGCACCUUUAUGAAAGGCAUGUUUCAUUAAUUAUUCAUAUAUGAUAGUAAUGAAUACCUUAUUUAUGAAAUUACGGCAAAUAUCAAUUAAAAAGGCUUAAUAUGUUUUUUGCCCUUCUAAUCUUGUAAAUCUAUUAUAUAUUCAAUUAUCGAUAAAAGACCUGCAGAAGAAUAAUUAAUUAAUGAAAAUUAUACAAAUGGACAAAUUGAACAUUUAUUCUAUGGAUGGUCAAAUGAAUUUUGUUCUAAAGCUGAUCAAUGUAAAUUCAUCAUUUUUAUUUUUCUUAAGAUGGUAUCAAAUUCCCAGACAGUGCAAGUGAAAAGGAUAAAGCAUUAUUAAUUAUGUGUAGUAUUUUUAUUGAUUAUUUAUGGUUUGAAAAUUUUUGA